AUGGCGCCUGUGGAAAGCCAAGAACACAGGCGUCGACGGAUCCCACUUACGGCAUUCGCCCUGGUCACCGUCCCCGAGGACCCAAUGCUGGCUGUGUAUCUGAGGAACAGGGAAGCUAUCGACAUAAGCAUGGAGAAGAGGAUGGUUCGCGCCGACCUCGCGGCAGGUUCAAACUCUGGCACGACUUCGGACUCAACCAUUGCCUUCACCCAGCGGCGCCAUGUUGAUGGGCCCUCAAGCGCCGCCGAAGACAGCCUCAAUGGUAGAGUUCAAGCUUCUUCCAGCAUGGAGCUCGAGCUCGACAAAUUCAUGGCCACUCUGACGGCAACCGUGUCGCCUGAUGCCGUCAUCAAGACUAUCGCUUCGACCAAGGGCCAUACAGCUUCACGCGGGGCGUGA